UUGGUACCUUGCCCUAGAGUGUAAAUAUAACCUUAUUAGAUCUGAAAAGGGGAACGCGGUAACAGUCGGUUCGAGACUCGGAACGAAUAUUUCUCCAAUCUUUUUCCUGCGGACUCACAACAACACCGGACACCCCAAGGAUGGUCGUGACACACUUUAAGAUUUAUAGCGAACAACAGCAAUUUCCCAGGUUUGACCACUUAGGACAAAGGUUAUGUGUGUAAUUGGCCCAAAGGUUUGAGGAUGUAUGUGUGAGGCAGUAGAGAAGGAUCUGUAUGCUGUUCUCGGAGCCAGCCCUUCAGAUUCAGUCCAGCAGCUCAGAUACAGAUAUCAGAAGCUUGCCUUAGAGUGCCACCCUGAUCGUCUUGGAGAUGUGUGUGACUCAGAAGCUGAGUCUGGAAGGAGGAAAUUUCUUGAAAUUGAUGCAGCCUGGAAAAUCCUGUGUGAGCACAAGACGAGAAAUCAGUAUGAUGAACAGAGGAGAGCUCAAGAACUUCAACAAGCCUGGCCGAUUGACUCUAUAGUCUCACUGGAGGACAUGACAUGGGACCAUGAUGAGUGUGUAUACACGUACUGCUGCCGCUGUGGUGGACAAUUCAUCUUUUCAGAAGAAGAGUUGCCAUGGAGGCAAGGGAAUGAUGAUGAAAAGAAAAGAAAUGAGAGCCAACAUAUGGUUGUAUGCUGUGAUACAUGUUCUCUCAGUAUUUAUGUCAAACUAUCUUUUGUGUAAGAUAGCGGGUGUAUUAGAACUUUGAAUAUUUCACUUUUUUGCUUUCUGAUGAUUGUCAUUUUAAUUGAGAUUCUUCCAAAGACAACACUGUCUGUCGAGCAUCAUGUCAUAUCACCAUUGUUUGGUCUAAAAAUAGAUAGAAGUAACUUUUUUUCUUAUUAUUAUGGAAAAAAGUAUUUUUCAUAAACACGUCACAUAUUAUUUAAUAGAAUAAAUUAUGACUGCAUAAAUUGUGUCUUUAUAGAAGAUCAAUCAUUAGGUGGGCUCCUCACCGCUGAUAUCUGCUCUUGCUUGAGGUCGUUCCAUUUCAUCAAGUUGUCAGUCGUAACACUGAGCUUGUCAUGGGAUUUCUUCUGAGCCAAAGUAGUCUAAGGUGAUGAUGCUUUAUACUCUGGAGAACACACCUGUGGGUUUUUUUCAGCAGCAAGAGGGUCAUCUACAUGUCUCAGCUUGCCUACCUGGCAUAAUACUUUGAAGAUGUGAUCCUUUCUCCCUAAAUUAAACACAAGACAGCUGAAAAAUAAUUAUUGCCUCAUAAAGAUUUUCAAAUAGA